UAUUGUAGAACAUACAAACAGACGGACAACGACUUUGGCCUUCAGUAAGUCAAUAGUGACACCGCGGAUAACUCUGUUUUUUUUCAAAUAGAUUAUUCCUGAUAUUUUAUACAAUGUUUCAUGCAUAAUAAUAUGACGACUAGCAAUGUUUUUUUCUUACUUGAAAGGCAAAGUAGAAAGAGAAUUUGUAUACGAUAUAUCGAUACAGAGAAAUCGACAUGUUAUGUACUAUCGAAGGUUGUUCAACAGGUAUCGAACUAUCCCUAUCGAUAUAUUGACUAUCGACAGUAACGACCUAACCACCUAACAAGAUGUUGUGAUCUGUAUAAUUCUGUCUAGUCUAGUCCAAAGUGUUCUUAUUUACAUGUUGUUUUCUUAUUAAAAGUGUAAAUUACUUUUUAUAAUUCACAAUGAAAAAAUGUGCACUAUUUGUGUAGACUUUUUAUAGUGACUAACAGACAAGUAAUAACAAUGUCGGCCGAAGUAGAAAUAAUUUGUAGGUUAUGUGGACUUUCUUGUGAACAAUCAAUCAAUAUUUUUGAUAGGCUAGCUUCUGUUAAUAUGUUGCAGUAUAAAAUAAUGCAGUUAUUAGAUAUAGCUGUGGGUAAAAGUGACAAAUUGCCUCAUUCUGUGUGCUUAUCCUGCGUGACCAAACUGGAUAGUUUGUGGUGUUUCAAAAAUACAUGUCAUCAAGUGCAAAUUAAACUCAGGAAAAUGAUAGUUGUUGAUCAAUCAAACCUUCCUGAAUACGAUAGAUUGCAAUCUGAACUUGACAGGGAGCUUUUGAAUUUAGUGAAUUUGAAUCAUAAAACACUCAUCUCAUCUAAAAACACUAGUGCUUCAGAUACAUCUAUCUUUCCUAGACUGUCAAUGGAGGGAGGAAAUGUUGUUUACCAACAUCAAACAGUAUCUAAAAUUAUUGAAAGUGCUUCUGUAUCUGUCAAUGUAGAGGAAGAUGUUCAAAUUGGCUACAAAACUGUAUCACAAAGUAACCCAAAUUCGGAUGAUGAUAGUGAGGGAAAUAUUGAGGACAACUCAAUGUCGUUAGUUAGUGAAGAAGGUGCUAAUGAAGAAUGCAGUGUUAAUAUAGAUGUUGAUAAUGUUUCUAAAAAUAGUGAACAGAUUAUGUGUGAUGAUUCAAGUAGUGUUUUAGACCAUGACGACCUAAACGCUAGGAAUACAAUGCCUAUAGUUAGUGAAGAAGAUGCAAAUGUACAAUGCAGUGUUAAUAUGGAUGUUGAUGAUAUUAACGUUUCUGGAGAUACUAAAGAUUGUGAUUCAAGUAGUGUUCUAGAACAAAAUGACACGAACUCUAGAAAUGCAAUUGAGAGUUCUUCUUUGGAUGCUACAUCUAACGUAGAAAUAGUGCAGUUGUUCAAAGACCAUUAUUACAGGAUGGAGACUAACAGCAACUCAGACCUAUUGUCCAAUAGAAUUCCCUAUCUAACUGUUGAAUCUCAAAUGGGUACCAAACACAUGAUAUACACUAUUUCUCCUGAUAUAUCAAAAUUCGAUAGUGAACAUGAUUACCUGAUUGAUAAAUUGUAUCUUGAAUUGGAUAUGUUUGAUUUGGAGAAUCCUAAUGUUGGUCGAAUACUGACUGAAUGGCUGAAUAAUCUUUUGAAUGGCGAAAUAUCAUUAAUGCCCUACUAUUUCGGCUGGCUAGAUAAAAGUAAACUCAAUGUUAGCUUCAGAUGCAUUAUAUGCAAGCAUGUAAUUCCUAGAAACAAGAGAUUUGUAAUGAACCAUCUAGCGGAUCAUCUGCUCUGGAUUUGUCCAGUUUGUGGUAAAUUUUGUAGAACUAUUACCAACUUUAGGAAUCAUUUGCAUCAACAUUCGUCGCCCACUUUUGAAUGUUCAACAUGCGGUAAGAAUCUUGGGAGUGAUAUUGAGAAAUACAAAGUGCACAAGCGUGGUCAUUAUAAGUUCAGAUGUCCGCCUUGUCAGUUUGAGUGUUGUGAUGAAGAAAAGUGGUUGAAGCACUUGGAAAAGGAUAGGAAAAAUAAUGAACUAUGCUCUCCAGAUUGCAGUUUGUUUUAUGAGAGCAUUGACAAAUUUCGAGAUCACGUCCUGGCGCUUGCAACUCUGGGAGGUUAUGUUUGUGGCGCAUGUGGAAUGGCCUAUCAUUGCGAGGAAUAUUUGAAAUUGCAUUUGAAAGUGCAUGGUUUGGAGCAUGGCAGUAAGACUACUUGUGAAGAAAGUUUAGAAAACAAUGACACUAGCUUCAGAAUGAAACUUGAUAGUUUUGCAAACUCUAGCAAUGAGAAACGUUUUGAUACAAUGCAGAAAAUACUUGCCAAUGAAAUCGAUGUGAAGGAAUUUCAAAACUCUCGUAUAAUGACAGGUGGCAAAGUUACUACUGCAUUUAUCUGCUUCAAAUGUGGUCAAGGCGUGAAGACUGAAAAGAAAUUUAGAAUACAUAUUGAAAACCACAUAUCGAUGACUUGCUAUCAGUGUAAGCGGGAUAUGUGGAAAUUAGCUUGUUUUAAAACUCAUCUAAAGCGGUGCCCUUUCAAGAAAAGAAAGUGUGUCAGUUGUAAAAAUGAAAUCUGGCUGAACACCAGUAAAGAAUACAUUGAGCAUGUAACUCUGCAUCAGAAAAGGAAGAUUUGCAUCUAUUGUCAGGUGAUAAAAAAUCCAAAACAGUUGAGUCGACAUAUUGAAUCUGUACAUGUUUCUGAACCAAAAUCUUGGUUCUGUGACAUUUGCAAUGAAACACUGGUUGUAUCCUACAAACAACUCAACCAUUUUCGAUCUAGGCAUAUGGCCGAUAAACAUCCCGAAAAAUUGGAUACAUACAUAUGUGAAGUUUGUGGCAAGACUUUCAAAUUGAAAGGUGACUUAUACCAGCAUAAAUUGUUGCAUAAGGCGGUUGAUAAUCAUGUUGAUAAGCCCAAUUUUAUCUGUGCUUAUUGCAAUAAAAAUUUUGGCAAAAAAGAGUCCCUCAUUAGUCACAUUCAAAGACAUAUGAAUGAGAAAAGCUUUGAAUGUGCGAUUUGUAAAAAAUGUUUCAACCGGUUUUCCUCUUUGGUUAAGCAUCGAAAGGACAUGCAUUCCGUGAAAAAACAUGUGUGUCAUGUGUGUGACAAACGGUUCACAUAUCCUUCAGCUUUGAAUGAUCACAUGAGAAGAGCUCACGAGAAAUGCAGUUUCAGAAAGCCGGGGAUUUCAGCAGACUGCUAACAUGGGGCGUUUGGAGCUUGGAUCCCAGUCUGGAAUAUUUCACCUUUUCAGAAAGCCGGGGAUUUCAGCAGACUGCUAACAUGGGGCGUUUGGAGCUUGGAUCCCAGUCUGGAAUAUUUCACCUGAGAAAAAAGGGUGGAGUGGCCAUUACAAACUGAUCCUUGGACGAUCUUAUGUAGGCUUCUAUAUAUAGGCCUACACCCUCUACUAUUUCUAUGUACAUUCUAUGUACCUACUCUAUAUAGAGGGUACCAACGCUACCUAUGUUUUAUUCAAAGAAUCAGCGAGCGAUUGGGAGCUACACCUCCCAAUAUUCUCUACUCUCAGUUUAAAGUUUAUCUUAUCUACUCUUAUCUCAUCUUAUCUUAUUUACAGUUUAUCUUAUCAUCUUAUCUACUCUUUUUGUCUAGUCUACCUUUGCUAUCAUAUCAGGAAUUUGUUUUUUUUUUUGUUACAAUGAGCCUAAAAAGUAAGAAAUUCUUGGAUAUGCUAGCAGAGCAUUCCCCGAAUUUUAUGAUGGGAAUGACUGGCUUAACAUUGAUACGGAAUAAUUCGUAUCUUGUAGUCGUAGACAUGCGCGAUGUCCUUGUAACUGGCCAAAACCAUGUAAAUCUUGGUAUUCGAAUAUGUCUCGACGACAUGUCUAUUAGGAUACGACCAAAUGAUACAGAAAAGUUCAUUUCAAUGUUUAGCCAGUAUAAGGCUGAUGAACUGCAGAAGCUAGGGCCACACCCUGGCAUCCCCGUAAAAAAGUAUUCUCGGGCAAAAAACUCUACCCCGGGGGAGAGUUUUCAUCAACAGCAGACCUGUGACCAGACUGAACCGUCGACCUGUGACCAGACUGAACCGCCGACCACAAAGAAAAGACGCGGGCGCCCAAGAAAGAUUCCAGUUCCCGAGAUAAUACCCGCUCUUGAAAUCUCACCACCAGAACCCCCAGUCUCUGAAUUGAUCCAAAAUUUGGAGACGAGGGUUCGAGAGAUACUUUGUGGGGACUAUCCGGGAAUUGACGUUGAAUUGGAGUAUGUCUUCAACGACCCCAUAUUCAGCGUCAUUCUUCUCGCGGAGCCUUUGUCCCUCUAUGGUCAUAUUAGGCAAAUGCGGUCAUAUGGAGUGAGUUUGAUUUUUAUUUUGCAUGAUUUAAUAUUGUACAUGGUAAUAAGUAUAUUUAACCGGUAUUUGAACAUACAAAAGAAUGGCCAAUUUUUAUAUUCAAAACUAUGUACCUUUAAAAUAAUAUUAGAUAAAUUUUCAAAAUCUUGUAUGGAUAUGAAAGUACUGUUACACCCCCUUUCUAACAUAAUUAACAAUAUUUUCGAUUUCAAUUUCAAUAUUAUUGAAAAGCUAAUCUCUAAAACAUGAUA